CAAUUUAUUCACAUUUUAUUAUAAUGCCUGAGGUUUUGGAUAUCACUGUUGAGGAUCCAUCUCAAGACUUUCAAAGGAUAAGAGAUUAUGUAGAUGCAAAAAAUUGUGAAAGUCUGCCUGCAUUCCACCCAGAUAAAUUAUUCAAAGGAUUCUCCCCUGAAAUGGCGAAUCAAGCAAGAAGUAAAUUCAAAAUAAACAAAAAACAAGCGCGUCGUGUUUACGAAAUUCUGCGUUUGAAGAUCACAAAUACUUCAGAUAAAAAUGCCUACUUGCAGUAUAGGUUAGAUGUUAAGAAUAGACUGAAUGCACCAUUUCAGAAAAAGAAGUUGGAAAUGAAGAAGCUUGAGAAAGUUCUUAAACCAGAAGAGUAUGCAGCUACAAUAAGCACAACGGGUGCGAGCGAGACGCACGGGCGCCUCUCCUCGCAAUAUCUUGCCCUAGAAGACGAGUACCGUCGUGUUAUACACCGCUUGCAGCAUUAUUAGUCAUAUAAAGAUGAUAAAAUUUGACCAAAUUGGAUGUGUAGAAUUACCAUUCAAUUAAAAUUGAAGUGCUUGACUAAAAAGUGGGAUAUUGAGUAAAUUGUAAUAAAUUGAAAGGAACUGUAAAAAAUUUAGUUCUGUGAGGCAGAUUAGUAGUCAAGUAUAUAGUGUUUCUAUGGAGUUUAACUUGCUUUGGUAAAAUGCUUUGUUUCUAAUUCAUUGAUUUUUGUAUUCAUCACUUAUUCGUUUAUCAAGUCUCGCAAUGAUACAUUGUGUUCUCGGAAAGUAAGUGCCUUUUUUCAUCAAUUAAGGAUAUCAUAAACUAAACUGGAAUACCUAAUAUUUUUUUCUUUUUAGAUUUUUGUAAUUACAAUAAUUUUAAGUGCAUACUUAAUUUUGCUUUUUGAAUAAUAUUAACUUUGUUUUACUCAUAUAUAAUUAUUAGUACUUAUUACUCUAGCAUGAUUGUGGUCAAGUGUUUUUUUCUAUGUAUCAAUGUAUUAAAAUAUUUAUUUGGAAAUUAAUAUUUAAAGAACUCCUAUGAAUCAAAACACCAGAAAAAUGGAUAUGAAGUCUCAAAUAUUCGAUUUGAAGCUAAAAAACUGUUGAAAUGCCUAUGUCUCAUAUUAAUUUUUAAAUUUGUGUGUAAUGGAACGUAUAUGUGAAUUGUGAAGUUAAUAAUGUUGUUUUUGUUAUGAAUGAAGGUUGAAUGUAUGCACUAGUUUAAAAAAAUAAAUAUUUUUGGUAAAAA